AUGAGCAAGCUGUCGUUCAGGGCCCGUGCCCUGGACGCUUCCAAACCCAUGCCGAUUUAUAUGGCCGAGGAAUUACCGGAUUUGCCAGAUUACUCGGCCAUUAAUCGUUCUCUGCCCCAAAUGCCCAGCGGCAUGGAAAAGGAGGAGGAAUGUGAACAUCACUUGCAAAGAGCAAUAUGCACGGGUUUAAUCAUUCCUACCCCUGAAGUAACUGAUUUAACAGAUGUAGAAGCUUAUGAUAAGAUAUAUCCAGCUGAUUAUAAGCUACCUCGUCAACUUAUACAUAUGCAGCCUUUUGCAAUGGAACAAGAUAUUCCGGAUUAUGAUAUGGAUUCUGAAGAUGAAAAGUGGGUUGCAAUACAAAGCCGUAAAAUGGACUUGACUCCACUUCAGUUUGAAGAAAUGAUGGAUCGCUUGGAAAAAAGUUCAGGACAAACUGUAGUCACUCUUAAUGAAGCUAAAGCACUUCUAAAGGAAGAUGAUGAUUUAAUUAUUGCUGUGUUUGAUUAUUGGCUGAAUAAACGUCUUAAAACACAACAUCCUUUAUUAUUAACAGUAAAAACAGAACAUCGGUUUGGUUCAGCUGCCAAUAAUCCUUAUUUAGCCUUUAGACGUAAAACGGAAAAAAUGCAAACACGUAAAAAUCGCAAAAAUGAUGAAACUAGUUACGAAAAAAUGUUGAAGCUCCGUAGAGAUCUUAGCAGAGCAGUUACCCUUUUUGAAAUGGUUAAAAGAAGAGAGAAAACCAAGCGAGAACAUUUACAUCUUACAAUUGAAGUAUAUGAGAAAAGAUAUCAAGCACAAGACUUUAAUGGGCAAAUAUUGGCGGAAGUAUCGGCAUUGAAGACACCGAGACCUGCUUUUGCUCCACUGUUUACAAAUCAGUUUGGUGUUCAUCAAAAUUGGGCAAAUAAAGUUUGUAGUAAAGACGAAGUAGUACCCAGAAAAGAAAAAAGACAAUAUAAGAAAAGGAAACAUAAAACUGAUAGCAGAGGAGGAAGUUUGGAAGAUAAUGGUGUGCGCAGUGGAACAGGUAGCGGAGGUGGUCGAGGAAGUCGGCCUAGUGUUCUUGGAGGCGGGCUGGACCCGCUAAUAAGCUCAGACGAAGAUGGUCCGCUUCCAUCACAUUCACAUUCUCAGCCCUCAGUUCCCUCGGAUCGCGAUGAUGAAGACAUCGCUGAUGAGGGACAAUUCGCUUUCCGACGAAAUAGAAAUAGCACUUAUCUACCACCUGUAUCAGGUGGAUUUGGAAAUUGGCCUUGGUGUGAUAAAAACGAAGGGGGCAUGGCUGAUAAGAAGUAUAGGUUUGCAUUGACCAGCAUCAGUAAACCCGUACCAAGAUGUAUUGGUUUUGCGCGACGGCGAAUUGGUCGGGGUGGCAGAGUAAUAUUGGACCGUUGUUCGACUGAUAUGGAUGAUAUGUGGUCUUCUUUAGACUUCACGAUACACCAACCAAAACGGGAACCAGUGGAUUCCGAUACAACUGCCAUGUCAACAACUUCAGUUAAAAAAGAAUGGUUACAUUUUCGACCAAAGACUCCACCUGUGUCAGUGCAUAGUCCAAGUGAAGAAAGUAGUGAUACGGACUCAGAUAUAGAGCCAAUAUUGACUCAAUCAAAACCGCUUCCAUAUCCGUUCCCGCCUGAAGCAACAUCUAUUUGUGUGGAAGUAGAACCUGAUCGUGCAGGAGAUGAGCCACCUUUUACAUCAGAAUUUAAUAUUGCUGAUUAUUUUUCGCCGGAUACUCUAUCGGACUUUGAUCUUGCCGUGGCGAGUAUCACUAAUAGUGCGUGUAUUAGUGGAUCGGACAAUAACUCUAACGAUACGCGGACAGACGAACUGGGCAGUUCACACUUUGUUGUGACUCCGCUACCUAGUAGUCUUUUUGCACAGCCUGCAACACAGCAGAGUCGGCCUCAGUGCAGUGGUAGUGGUUUUAGUGUUGUAAAUACUUCUACAAGUUCUAUAGUCCCGUCGUCUUUCUCGUGUACAAUCAAUCAACCGACGACAUCAAAUGCAGUAUCUACGCAAUGCGCAAAUGCUGCUAUUGAGACACAAUCGAAUCAGUCUAAACAGCAACAACACAGACAAUUACCAAACAACAGCAGUCCUGUUUCCAUUCUGUCUAAAUCCUUGACUAGUCCAACGAAUAAUAGGAAUGGCGGCAGCAGUGGCAGUGGUAGUGCUGGAGUUAGAGUGUUUAGUGCAAGUACCACAACUAGUGGAACAAUUACAAACUUUGGCAAUGGACAUCAAAAUGGACCAUUGUCUCAUAUAAAUAACUCUAAUAAUCUUUCAAAUAGCACUCAUGUCGUGAAUAAUCAGUCAACAAUAGUUCUGCCACAAAAACAUCCGCCGUCCAAUCUGCUACCUGGCUUGAUCGCACAGAGCAAAUUGGCGAGUCUUGCAAGGCAGCAACAACAGACGCAAAGUCAAGCGUCUACACAACAAAUCCCAACGUCCGGGGAAAUUACGCUUAAUAGUAAUAGUGAAAAUAUGGAUAUGAAGGUGGAUGGAGUGGAAAGUGCGACUUGCGAUGGUAAACCACAGCAACAGCAACUUGUACGAGCAAAUAAAACAAAUUCAUUAGCGAUGGAAGUGACAUGAUGCCUGCUAUCGGCACCCCUGUUGCCGCCAAUACGUCACUGGGGGCUUCGCUAAUUUUACCUUCGCUAACUUUAUCUAUGUCUGUCUACCUUCUGGAGACUGAACAUACACUACGUGCUCGUUAAUACAAAAAACGGUACGGCUUGAUUCGAUUGCAAAAAUACUCUGAUCAGUUGCCUGUUACGGCGAUGACAAUGGAAAUGUCGAUUCUAUUGCAAGUACUAUGUUAUUUUGAGAUCAUAAAAGAGUUAAACUCUAAUUCAUUUCUCGUUUGUUUCCUUGCUAAUUGAACAACAAUUAUUAUUCAACACAGUCAGUGUUUCAUUAAAUCUUCACAAAAUCAGUUCAUUCUAUUUUUUUUUUCCUGUAUAUUAAAUUUAACAUUAAUUUCGGGCUACUGUUAUGUUUCUUCAUUUCGUAAUAUAAAUAUUUUCUUAAAUGUUAAUAGAUGAAUAUUGAAAUAAUGUAAUAUAUAUAUAUUCUCUGUUUUUUAAAAUAAAAAAAUAGUUUUGUUCAAUGCAAGGAAACUUUUAUAUUUGACAGAAUCAUAACUUUAUUUUUUAUCAAAAACUUGGCAGAAUUCCUUUGUCAUCUUUUUACUCAUAUGCAAAUGAUACUGUUGGAACAUCUGUAAUAAACUAAAAUUAAAUCACAAGCUUUCUCAGACACAGCAUUAAUUAUUUUUAUUGCAGAAAUAUUAUACAAAGAGUUAUGUUUCAGAUUUUUUCUUUUAGAGAUUUCAAAAAUUUUGUGCGUUCAAUUUGGUAUUCUUAUUUUUUGAAAUAAUCUGAAAGAAAAUUAGUUAUUAAUAAAUUAAUUAAUAACUAAUUGUAAAAACUUAAUUUUAAAUUAUGUUAUUUUGCAAUAUGAAAUCUCUAAACUUUUGGUAGAUAAUAUUUCUGUGUACAUUAUGAUUGUAAAUUUUAUUUAAAAAAAAGUAUAUACUAGAAAUAGAAUAGAUACUUUUCUUAUGAAAAAAAAUGUAUAGUAUAUCUUUUAUAAAUAUUCUUAAUACAUUUUGUCUCAAAUUAAUUUGAUGUAUUAUGGAUUCAUAUGUUUAUUUCAAUACUGUAUAUAAAUUCAGUUUAUAUUUAAGAAGAUCAAUUUAUUUCUUACAGAGUAGUAAUAUGUUAGAAGAUUUCAGGCUGUGAAAUAAUGAAACUAUUAUUAACAGUAAUAAUCUUUAAAUUAGUAUAAUACAGAAGAUUCUGAUUAUUUUAUGACUAAAAGCUAUGUAUUUCUAUUUUAAUAACAUAUAAUGAAUUACAGUUAAAUGUAAAAUAAUAAAAGCAAAUUGUAAUGUUGCGUUUGAGAAGCUUGUACUACAAGAAUCCAUAUUACAAACUGGCAAGUUCGUGAUAUUAUGUUAAGAUUUAAAAUAUCUACAAAAAAUACUUAAAAAUUUUCACUUUUCACUUUAAUAAUUGCGAGUUAUGAAAAUAACAAUAAUGAUUAAUGAAUUCAUUUGCCAUACAAAAUAUGAAAGAAUCAAUCAAAUCAAUCUUUUUUAUAAUGAUAUAUUAUAUGUAUUAAUUGGCUUAAAAAUAAUUAUCUAUUUUAUGCAAAAAUUGGCAAUAAAAUAAUAUAUCAUUAAUUUUUUAAGUACUUUACAGCAAAGUUUAAGUAACAAUAUUUGUGAAAGUGGGUAUAACUUAAACAUAUAUAUUUAUUCAUACCAGUAGAAUUCUGAAGAUAUGAAGUAAAUAUUAGAAUAUUAAAUCUUUCUAAACUUUGUAUAUGCAAUUAUUAGAAUUCUAUUUAAAUCAAAUGUAAUUUCACAUCAAUGGAAUGGAAUUGCUAUAAAAAUAUUCAAUUAUUUAAGUAUCUAUAUUUUCCUGUAGUCAAAUAGUUUUUGAAAUCUACUGGUAUAAUUGUGCGAAAAUUAAAAAUUAAAUAUUUUGGCAUUUAUUUAUACAUAACCAUAUUCUUUUGAUUUUUUCAGAUAAAAUUAAAUUACCAUUAGAUAAAACCAACAAAAAUGAAGUUAAUCUGCAUAUAUUUUUAUGCGUAUUAUUAUUUUUCUCUUAAUCUUUCUACAUUAUUUUCUCCGAUUCUACGAAUGUAUGUGUUAUAUUAAAAUAUAAGAAUUGAACAGAAAAUAAGUUAAUAAGAAAUAUGAUAAUUAUGAGAUUCUAAAAUGUUUUCAUUUAAAAAUUAAUGAUAUGAAAAAAUAAUUGUUUUAUUUAAAAAAAAUACUUUCUUGAUACAGUUAUACAUUUCAUAUUCUUGUGUGGCUAAUAGGAAUGAUAAAUGUAAAAAGAAAUACAUAUAGUUACAUAAAAUAGAUCAUUAAAUAUAUGAGUUUUGGAAUUGACGAAAUUCAAGAGUAUCUGUCGCAUAAUUUUUACUAUUAUUUUAAAAUAGUUUUAUUCAUUGUCUAUUGUUUAUUUGAAAUUCAUAGGCACUGAUCAAGAUAAAUAUCUAAGCCUCUUGGACUGAAGAUUUAUAAUUUAAGUUUUACAAACGGCCAUGGCAGAGUAUUUCUGAUAGUCAUUCAUUUUCCAGAUUUAAAACAAUUUUUUCCAAGUAUGCAAUAAAAAAAUUUUUUUGCAAGCCGUAAAUCAAGAGAAAAAUAAAAAUAAUGGUGCAAAUGUUGCAAAUUUUAGAGAGACUUCAUAAAAUCAUAAUAAGAAACAAACAAAAGAUAUAUUGUACAUAUAAAAAUAAUUACGCUUAUUGUAUCUCUUACUUUUAGGUAAUUAACUAAAAAAUAACUGUAAUUAAUGUUGUUGUGGUAGGCGCACAGCGAUGUGUAUGAAAAUUUAUGAAUUCGAGACGAUUUUAGAGGAGGAGUAAUAAAGAAAUUUUAUCCUGGAUAGGACUUAUUAUUUUGUGAAGAAUUUCACUCGCCUGUAUAUUAUAUAACAUUUUGUGAAAUCUAAUUUCUGCCACAUUUGUAUAUACUUUCUGAUAGGUAUCUGAUUCUUUCUCUCGUUUUUCUCAAAUUCACAAUUAAAAAUGAAAUAUUUUUUCACUUUUUUUAAUCAUAUCCAUAAAUUAAGUCAUAUUUCAUAUUUCUUUUUCAUUAUUUUCUUUUUUUCUUGCAUUCAUUUCCAAUCAUUUUUCCAAAAUUCAAUUAAAAAAUAAAAAAAAAUCUUCCGUGUGAUUUUGAGAAAGAUGAGUGAUAAUUAUGCGGAGAAAAUUUCCAAGAAUGUACUUGUAAAAACCAUUUGUUUAUUUUAGUUGGAACGCUUUAAACGAAAUAUAGUGGUACAUGGAUUUUUAUAUAAAAUUUAUUAAUGUUAAAAAUAUUGACCCAAUAGCCAUUUUACAAAUGAAACGUCGAAAAUUUUCAAGGUUUGAUCGCUCCAACCAAAGACUGAGUUCGCUUUACAUUUUCUGAUUUGGCAAACACGAAGUUCCAUUGACAAAGAGACUGAUAUCUUAUUGUUUUUAAAUAAUUCACAAUAAUGAAUAAAUAAUAUAAUAAUUAUAGUAUUACUUGGCAAUAUUUACUAAAUGUUUUCUUAUUUAAUAAAUUUUUUUUAAUUAAUUUAUAUUCGUCAAUGAAAUGAGAAAAAUAAAAAAUUCGGUCGAAUUGAAUUGUGAGACUUCGUGUUUACCUAAUUUGUUGCAUUCGCGGAAAACAAUAUUGUACCAUGUAAGUAGGACUAAGCCGAAUCAAUGCAACUAUUUAGAGCGAUCGAACAAGACCUAUAAUCGUUUCGUGUGAAAAAAAACAAAUUAUUAAGAGAAGAAAUGAGCUUACAAAUAUAAUGUUCAACGUGAAGCUCUUAAAAAAAUUCUGAGUGUUAAAAAAACUUUUACGAUAAUAUCGACAGGUGUCGAAAUGCGGUGUAUCUAUUAUAUGUGUAUUUUAUUCUGUGAAUACAGUAGGGCUUCUAUGUCGCUGUGCGACAAGAAGAUUUAAUUGGAAAAAAACGCUCCAACCAAAGCUCCAGUUUGAACGAAAGUUUGACGAGAGUAUAGAGAAUUUUUCUCAAGAUUAUACAGUCGGAGAACGUAAGGGGAAGAUACAUCAAAUUCUAUAUAUGUAGAAUGUUUGAUCUAGACAACCCUUUAAUUUGUUCUUCGAUACAUACAUACAUCAUCUACUCUCUCGUCCCCUGAUAACACCUUUCGCUGAGUGCAUGUAUCAAAUUUAAUUUGAUCCAAAUAAAAUAUCACUAGAUAUAAAUUAAA